AGUCUCAGCAAUCCAUCAACCAAAGCCUGUGUUCUGCAAGAUAGCCUGCCAGCCAUGGGAAGCAAGGGCCUCAAGGGUGUGAUGGUGUGUUUACUCAUACUGGGGUUGGUUCUGGAACAGGUGCAAGUAGAAGGCAAGAGUUGCUGCAAGAGCACCCUAGGAAGAAACUGCUACAACCUUUGCCGCGCCCGUGGUGCUCAGAAGUUAUGCGCAAACGUUUGCAGGUGUAAACUCACAAGUGGCCUAAGCUGCCCUAAGGACUUCCCUAAAUUGGUCCUUGAGUCCAACUCAGAUGAACCAGACACCAUGGAGUACUGCAACUUGGGAUGUAGGUCUUCCCUAUGUGACUACAUGGUCAACGCAGCUGCUGACGAUGAAGAGAUGAAACUCUAUGUGGAACAGUGUGGUGAUGCUUGUGUCAAUUUCUGUAACGCUGAUGCUGGCCUCACAUCCCUUGAUGCGUAAUGAUGCGUAUCCAUGGUCUGAGAUUUCACAGGGCAAGGUCGUGUCUCACCUUUGCGUUCAAUAAAAUUGGAUCCCAUCGAGAGUAUCCAAACCAGUGUGUCACCCUGUGUUAUGUGUGUGUAUUUCCAUUCCUUGUUCGAAUAAAAGUCAUCAUGUUGGAUGCCAUGUUGCAUUGUUGCUGCCCUGAUGUACUACCAUGACUGAGAUAUAAUGGUAUAUGUUUUAUCAUU